CACUUUAAAUUUUCUCUUAGCUUUUGUCUCUCUUCAAGUAGCAGGGCUUUUGCAGCUCUCUUUUUCCAGAACCUUCUGCUCCUCUUAUGGCAUCUCAAGCCAGCCUCCUCCUUCAAAAGCAGCUCAAAGAUCUUUGUAAGAAUCCAGUUGAUGGGUUCUCAGCUGGAUUAGUUGAUGAGAACAAUAUCUUUGAAUGGAGUGUUACAAUUAUUGGACCACCUGAUACUCUAUAUGAAGGGGGAUUUUUCAAUGCCAUCAUGAGCUUUCCACCUAAUUAUCCAAACAGCCCUCCAGCAGUGAAAUUUACGUCAGAGAUUUGGCAUCCUAAUGUUUAUCCUGAUGGGCGCGUUUGUAUAUCAAUUCUUCAUCCUCCAGGUGAUGAUCCAAAUGGCUAUGAGCUUGCAAGUGAGCGCUGGAUGCCAGUCCAUACAGUUGAAAGUAUUGUUUUGAGUAUCAUAUCAAUGCUUUCCAGCCCCAAUGAUGAAUCUCCCGCGAAUGUUGAAGCUGCAAAGGAAUGGAGAGAGAAGAGAGAUGAAUUCAAGAGGAAGGUCAGCCGCUGCAUCAGACGGUCACAAGAAAUGUUAUGAUUUAUGAUCUGCUGAUGGGGCUUCUUCUCUGCAUGUGCACCCAGGGAAUGCCUUAUUGUGUGAGGAGAUGUGGUUGAUACAUCGAUGUAUCCCUGUCGAAUGCCAUCUCAAGUGCUCACACUUUACCCUUUUUUGUUACUUAUUUUCCUUUCUUGUGGUAGAGUAAUUGUAAUAACUCUCAAACGUUUCUGUAUGCAAAAGUGUUUUGGUUAGUGCUUGUUGACAAGCGUUCUUAUUGAGGUCCCUCUCAUCAUAAAAGGUCAUUUGUCAGGUGCGGUGACUCUCCUAGAUGCUUUGAUUGAUCCUAUUGGAUUUGCCAUCUACUUUCGGAUCAAAUUACAAAACAAUAUUAUUUUAA